GCGGCUACGAUCGAAUUAAGUUGGAAAUUAUAUUUUAAGGAAAAUAAUUUUUAUUUUGUAGUCUCGUGCUGGGAAGAAGAAAAAGUGUUCUUAAGAAUUAAUUAAACAAGAUAAUCAAAAUGUCAAUUUACACAGCUGCAAAUGGAAUUCGAGCAUUCAGGCAAGCAUCGAGAAUCAGAAUAUUUAAUAUCAGCAAAAACAAAUACUCAACAGAUGUCGAAUACAAGCCAAUACGCUCUGUCCUUGUCGCUAAUCGCGGUGAAAUUGCAAUUCGUGUAUUUCGAGCAUGUAAUGAAAUGGGCAUUCGGUCUGUGGCUAUUUAUUCCGAACAGGAUAAGAUGCAUAUGCAUAGACAAAAGGCUGAUGAAUCAUAUUUAGUAGGCAAAGGUUUACCGCCCGUUGAAGCUUACCUUAACAUUCCAGAAAUUAUUAGAGUCUGUAAAGAAAAUGAUGUUGACGCUGUUCAUCCUGGUUAUGGAUUUCUUAGCGAACGAUCUGAUUUUGCACAAGCAGUCAUUGAUGCUGGAAUUAGAUUUAUUGGACCAUCACCAAAGGUUGUACAGCAAAUGGGUGACAAAGUUGCAGCUCGUCAAGCAGCUAUUGCAGCUCAAGUUCCAAUUGUCCCUGGAACCGAUGGUCCAGUUCAUACCAAAGAAGAAGCAUUAGAGUUUUGUCGUCAACAUGGACUUCCUGUGAUUUUUAAGGCAGCAUAUGGUGGUGGUGGAAGAGGAAUGAGAGUUGUUAAGAGAAUGGAAGAUGUUGCUGAAUCAUUCGAGAGAGCAAGUUCUGAAGCUAAAGCUGCUUUUGGAAAUGGUGCAAUGUUUAUUGAGAAAUUUAUUGAACGUCCAAGACACAUUGAAGUUCAAUUGCUUGGUGACAAAGCAGGUAAUGUUGUGCAUUUGUAUGAACGUGAUUGUUCUGUCCAACGUAGACAUCAAAAAGUUGUUGAAAUUGCACCAGCACCAAGAUUAGCUGUAGAAACACGCGAUAAAAUGACAGAAUAUGCAGUCAGACUUGCAAGACAUGUUGGAUAUGAAAAUGCGGGUACAGUUGAAUUCUUGUGUGAUGAAAAUGGUAAUUUCUAUUUCAUCGAAGUCAAUGCACGUCUCCAAGUCGAGCAUACAGUAACAGAAGAAAUUACUCAUAUUGAUUUGGUACAAUCACAAAUUCGUGUAGCAGAAGGAAUGACUUUGCCAGAAAUGGGAUUGACACAAGAAAACAUUUCGACACAAGGUUUUGCUAUUCAGUGUCGUGUGACGACAGAAGAUCCUGCAAAUGAUUUCCAACCAAAUGUUGGACGUUUGGAAGUAUUUAGAAGUGGAGAGGGUAUGGGUAUUCGUCUAGACUCUGCUUCUGCUUAUGCUGGUGCUAUUAUUUCUCCAUAUUAUGAUUCGUUACUUGUUAAAAUCAUAUCACAUGCUGCUGACUUACAAUCAUCUGCUGCUAAGAUGACGAGAGCAUUAAGAGAAUUUAGAAUUCGUGGUGUUAAGACAAAUAUUCCAUUCCUUAUGAAUGUAUUGGAAAAUCAGAAGUUCUUAAAUGGUGUCCUUGAUACUUAUUUCAUUGAUGAACAUCCACAACUAUUUAAAUUCCAAAGAUCACAAAAUCGUGCUGGAAAAUUACUCAAUUAUCUCGGUCAAGUUUUAGUCAAUGGACCUCAAACGCCAUUAGCUACAAAGCUUAAACCAGCAGAAGUACAUCCACAUGUACCAACAACGCCACUAGACUUGUCUCCAGAGGCAUUAGCUCAAGAAAGAUUGGGACGUAAAGUCAACGCACCACCACCUGGCUUAAGAGACAUCCUCAAAGCCGAAGGUCCAGCUGCAUUUGCCAAAGCAGUUCGUGCUAAAAAGAAUCUCUUAUUGAUGGAUACCACUUUCCGUGAUGCUCAUCAGUCACUAUUGGCAACACGUGUUAGAACACAUGAUUUAUUGAAAAUUUCACCAUUCGUUGCCCACAAAUUCAAUAAUUUGUAUGCACUUGAGAACUGGGGAGGAGCAACAUUUGAUGUCAGUUUAAGAUUCUUGCAUGAAUGUCCAUGGGAGAGAUUAGAAGAAAUGAGAAAUCGUAUUCCAAAUAUCCCGUUCCAAAUGUUGUUAAGAGGAGCUAAUGCUGUUGGUUAUACCAACUAUCCAGACAAUGUAGUUUUUAAAUUCUGUGAAUUAUCUGUUCAAUGUGGAAUGGACAUUUUCCGAGUUUUUGACAGUUUAAACUACUUACCAAACUUAAUUCUCGGUAUGGAAGCAGCAGGAAAGGCCGGUGGAGUUGUUGAGGCUGCAAUUUCAUACACAGGAGAUGUUUCUGAUCCAAGCAAAACAAAGUACAAUUUGAAAUAUUAUGUUGACUUAGCUGAUCAAUUGAUCAAGGCAGGAACACAUGUUUUAGCUAUUAAGGAUAUGGCUGGACUUUUAAAACCACAAGCUGCUGCUAUUUUAAUUGAUGCUCUUCGUCAAAAACAUCCAGAUAUUCCAAUUCACAUUCAUACACAUGAUACAAGUGGGGCUGGAGUCGCUAGUAUGCUUGAAUGUGCUCGAGCUGGUGCUGAUAUUGUUGAUGUUGCUGUCGAUUCAAUGAGUGGAAUGACUUCACAACCAAGUAUGGGAGCAGUUGUUGCUUCACUUCAAGGAACUGAAAUUGAUACUGGAUUUAAACUGGAAGAUAUCUCUGAUUAUUCAGCAUAUUGGGAAAGUACAAGAACACUUUAUGCACCAUUUGAAUGUACAACAACAAUGAAAUCUGGAAAUGCUGAUGUUUAUAUGAAUGAAAUUCCUGGCGGACAGUAUACAAACUUGCAAUUCCAAGCAUUCUCACUUGGUCUCGGUGAUUUCUUCGAAGAUGUUAAGAAGGCAUAUCGUGAAGCUAAUUUACUUCUUGGAGAUAUCAUUAAAGUUACACCAAGCUCAAAAGUCGUAGGAGAUUUAGCACAAUUUAUGGUACAAAAUCAUCUUACAGCCCAACAAGUUGAGGAACGUGCAGAAGAAUUGUCGUUCCCUAAAUCAGUUGUUGAGUUCCUUCAAGGUGCUAUCGGAAUUCCACAUGGUGGUUUUAAGGAACCAUUCAGAUCUCGUGUAUUAAAAGACAUGCCUAGAGUUGAAGGACGUCCUGGUGAAAGCCUUCCUCCAUUAGACUUUGAUGCAUUGAAAAAGGAUAUUCUUGAAAGUCAUCCACAUGCUAAUGACCGUGAUGUUAUGUCAGCUGCUUUAUAUCCACAAGUUACAAACGAUUUCCUUACUUUCCGUGAAGACUAUGGACCAGUCGACAAGCUAGACACAAGAAUGUUCCUUACAGGACCUAAAGUUGGAGAAGAAUUUGAAGUCACAAUCGACAAAGGAAAGACACUUCACAUCAAGACAUUAGCUAUGGCUGAAGACUUAACAGCAAAUGGAGAGAAGGAAGUCUUCUUUGAACUUAAUGGACAAUUGAGAUCAGUUUUGAUUCGUGAUAAGGAAGCUGCAAAGGAAAUGCACAUUCAUCCAAAAGCCACAAAAGGAAAUAAGAAUGAAGUUGGCGCUCCAAUGCCUGGAUCUGUUAUUGACGUUCGUGUCAAGGUUGGUGAUCAUGUCGAGAAGGGCCAGCCACUUGUUGUUUUGUCAGCUAUGAAAAUGGAAAUGGUUGUUCAAUCUCCACGCGCUGGAACAGUCAAGAGCUUGAACAUCGAGCCAGGAACUAAAUUGGAAGGAGAUGACUUGAUCCUCUCAUUUGAAUAAUUUUAAUUAAGCCUUAAAAGCAUUUUUAUUGUUUUAUUAUCCCCCUUGUUAUAAUUUUGUUUAAUGUUUUGUGCUGUAAACUUCCGAACGAUAACAUCAAAUGCCACAACUAAGGUACAACAUCACAAUAAAUGACUGAGAGAAUAAGACAUUUACGAGGCUUCCAAGCAGUUAUAUUAUGUGGCGAGUCUAGUGUUUAUGUUAUGCUAUUAAUUCUGUUCCUUAUUCUCUAGUGAUGAACAUUUUUUGAAGUAAUCUGAAAUUGUUUUAUAGAAUAAAUAUUUUAAUUUUUAUUACGAAUUCAUCAGUUCACUUUAAUUUUUUUAAACCAGGAACAAAUCCAAAACAUUGACUGGAACAUUCGACUUGAUUGAAUUUUUAGCUUUGUGCUUCUCUUUGGCAUCAUCGAGGAUUUUGCGAACAGAUUGAGUUGGUUUUUUGCUGUCAAUUCUUUUUGGAGGCUCAACUUUAGCAAAUGACAUGGCUCUGGGAGUUUUUGAAAGUGGUUCAGCUACAGAUCUGCUUUUAAAGCUUCUAGAAAUUGUUGCUGGAUUCUUUUGAGAUUUUUCAGAGUUGAAUUUUGACUUUAAAAUUGAUGCUUUUGUUGGCUUGAUUUGCGGUGGUUUAUAGUCUGGAAGUUCCAGUGAUGAAUCAUUAUGUUUAAGUCGAAUGACACGUUUAGGGCUCAAAUCAGAUAUUGAAGAGUUUUCAUCUAGUUCGUGAGACGUUGAAGCAGCAGUUUCAUUAAUUAUAGAUCCAGCAACUUCAUUAACAUCUCCACUUCCAUCUAAAAUAGCUGCUUCCUUGUUAGGUUCCAUUAUAAAGUUGAUGCUGUCAACAUUCUCAAUCAUUUUAUGGAUCUUCUCGAUUUUAGCAUCAACAUCGCUUGACUGCUUCAACUUAUCUUCAGUAUCACGAUGAAUUUCAGACAGGAUCAUACUAAUGCUUGACUUUCUUGGAAUUAAUAAUUUUGGACUGUCAUUUGAUGAUAUUUCUGAUUUUCUUAGUGUCAUCGAUACUUCUUCAAGUUUCCUCUGUCGUUCUGCAUAUUUUUGGAUGAUUUCUUUCUCAGAUGGGAAGUAUUCUUCGAAGACAACCAUUUUUAAAUGUGCUGGAUUAGUCGGAAAUGUAAGUUUGGUUUAAAAUUGAAAAGAA